AGUUCCACAUCAUCCUCUCCAAUCCACUCGUCUCUUAUCCUCCCAUAUCCUCUCUCUCUCUCUCCUCCAGUCCUCCCAUUCACGGCGUGCAACGCCGGAGAGCCUGAGCUCCACGAGCUCAUGGAUGGCGUGCCCGAGGCCCUGGACUCCGACAAGCUAUAUGCUGGCCACGAGCAAAGGAGCUCUCGCAGCUGGCGAAGCUCGCGGCAAGCGAGCAGUGAGGCGCUUGCUGCCGCCGGAGCUUGGGGCCGGCGAGCAGGGAGGCGCAGCGACCGGCAAAGCUUGCGGCCAGCGAGCAAGGAGACGCUUUGGUGUAUGUCACAUCUACAAUCAAUCUAUAAAUUGGAGCAUAAGCAGGGUUUAUGGCAAGAUAUAGUAAAGAAAAAAUAUCUGAAAAAGUCUUGCAUGUCCCUGCUUAAGAAAAGUCCUAAGAAUUCCCCUGUGUGGAAUCAAUUCAUUUCAGUUAAAAAUCUCUACACUUCUGCGAGAAAAAUUUCUGUGGGAAGAGGUGAUUCCACCAGUUUUUGGAAGGAUAGUUGGAUUGGUGAUACCCCUCUGAAAGAGAAAUUCCCUCAACUCUUUGACAUUUGCAACAACCCUGAAGCUACGGUUGCUGAAAUGGCUCAGCAAGGCUGGAGAUUAUCUCUGCGAAGAUGGUUAAAUGAGGAGUUACAAAUACAUUAUAGGAAGAUGAAUAAUCUUCUGAAUUCAUUUGCAGUUAACAGUGAGAAUGAUAAACCCCGUUGGAAACGAGGUCUCCAGGCGGGACAAGACAAGGAAGAUCUGGAGAGUGGUGCAAUGGCGCUCCUCAAGACGACAUUACACUUCCACGCACAAGCCCAAGGCGAUGACACAGGGUUGGUUCUUCUCCAGUGAUGCCCCCGACGUGAAGAUAGAAGUAUGCUCCCCCCCUUAGUUAUGCUGAAAUGGGGUGUUUCUCUUCUUUGCUGUUUGCUUUUCUGAACCUGUAAGCGAGUUUGGUGUCAGCAGCCGGAUGUGAGCCGGCUGUUCUUCGCUUAAACUGAGCGUUAAGACCUUCUAAGGUUGUUCCUGAAGACUUUGUAAUUUCUUUACCAAAAGUAAUGAAAUUCGGGUGUGGCCCUUUUUGGAAAAAAAACAU